AUGCCCAACCGCCUAGGAAUCGGGUCCAUGUCGCUGGGCCGGCCAGGAAUCCACGACCUGCCCACCAAGCUCCAUCAAGCCUCGCGGCACGGCUACGAAGGCAUCGAGCUCUUCUUCGACGACCUCGACUGCCUGGCCCAUUCCAGCUUCAACGGCUGCCACAUCGCCGCCGCGCGCGAGGUCCGCCGGCUCUGCGAGUCCCUGCACCUCUCCAUCAUCUGCCUACAGCCCUUCCUCUUCUACGAGGGUCUCCUCGACCGCACCCAGACCGAGCACCUCCUCACCGAAAAGCUCCCCAAAUGGUUCCAGAUCGCCCACAUCCUCAACACAGACCUCAUCCAGAUCCCCUCCAACUUCCUCCCGCCUGACCCAGCAACCGGCGCACCCCGCACAACAGGCGAUUUGAGUCUGAUUGUCUCCGACCUCCAGCGCAUCGCAGACCUCGGCGCCGCCCAGUCGCCGCCAUUCCGCUUCGUCUACGAGGCCCUUGCAUGGGGCACCCACAUCUCCACCUGGGAGCAAGCCUGGGCCGUGGUUUCGCGCGCCAACCGGCCCAACCUCGGCCUCUGCCUCGACACAUUCAACCUCGCAGCCCGCGUCUACGCGGACCCGGCCGCACCCUCCGGCAAAACACCCCACGCAGAGACAGACCUGGCCGCCUCGCUACAGCGUCUCCGCGCGAUCGUCGACGUCAAGAAGGUCUUCUACAUCCAGAUCGUCGACGGAGAGCGCCUCUCCGCCCCGCUGGACGAGAACCACCCGUUCCAUGUCCCUGGGCAGCCACCGCGCAUGAGCUGGUCGCGGAAUGCAAGACUGUUCCCCUUUGAGGAGGACCGAGGCGGAUACCUCCCUGUGCUGGAUGUGGCGCGGGCGUUUUUUGACCUCGGGUUUGAGGGGUGGGUGUCGCUGGAGCUGUUUUCGAGGACGCUGGCGGAUCCGGACCCGGCUACGCCUGAGAAGCAUGCUGUGCGUGGGUGGAGGGCGUGGAGGAGGUUGGUGGAGGCGUUGAAGUUGGAGGUUUCUACGUCUCCUUCGUCACAUGUGUCGGAUGUGUCAUUGCCGUCGUUGCAUCAUCGUUUGUAA